AUGGCUCAUUGGAACGGCACUCACCUGUCAAUGGAGAAAGCCUAUGUUCUGUUAGUUCACCAAAUAUUGACGGGAUAUCCCUUCACGGGAAAGGGCCAUUGGGACGGCGGGUCCAACACUAGAUCCUUCACAUCACGGCUCUCCUCAGAGAGAGACAGAGAGGUACACAAUCCACUGAGCCUCAAACAGCCUGAAGCAAAAGGAGACUUGGAGCCAGAGGAGCGAGAGUCGCUCAGGGUGAACAGUUUCCAGGCUGUACUCAUCACAAAUGGACUACAAUCCUUCAUUAUAUUAAACUACGGGAAUAUUGAAUGGACAACUGGCACAGCGAGUGGUGGGAAUGCUAACACUGGAUUGGGCGGAACUGAAGCUCAGGCCGGUUUUAACAGCGGAGGAUCCACUCAUUUUUUCAGCAUCCCAGGCUCUCAAACCCCAGACAUCGUCAACAUUGAAUCCACGAGCAAUGUACAGGAGCCAGGACGCUGGGUAUUCAGGACUGACACAUUCAGUGUGCUGGGAGGCUGCAUCUUCAAUGGGAAAUUUAUCCGUCAGGACGACAGCUUCUGGACGAACUCGAGUUGUGAAACAAAAUGCAAAUGCAACAGCAACAGCUCUCUGGUCUGUGAGCAUGAACCAUGUGCUCCUUAUGAGUUCUGUCUCUCGUCAUCUUCCUUUUACACCUGCAGGCCAGCCUCCGUUCAGACCUGCACCAUCUUCGGGGACCCCCAUUACCAAACCUUCGAUGGGCGACUCUUCCACUUUCAAGGUACCUGCACCUACGUGCUGUCUGAGAUGUGCCAGAGGAACGGGACCUUACCCCCUUUCAGAGUGGAGGCAAAGAACGAGUACCGUGGCAACACAGUGGUAUCCUGGCUCCAACUAGUUCGUCUGUUUGUCUACAACACUGAGAUCACCAUGAUCAAGGGAACCAUUGAUCAUAUCCUGUUGAACGGGACUCGAACCUUGCUCCCGAUCAACGUCGGAAGGGGUCAGAUCCGGGUUUACACCAGUGGAUUCACGGUCACGGUCAGUACACAGUUUGGUCUCAAUGUACAAUUCGAUGGCUCGCACCGCGCCACCAUCUCCCUCCCGGCCAGUUUCCGCAAUGUGACCUGUGGGCUCUGUGGGAAUAUGAAUGGUGAGCUGGCCGAUGAGUUCCAGUUGCCCAACGGGACUGUUGUCAGCGCAGAGGUGGAGUUUGGGAGAGGCUGGAAGGUUUAUGAUGGUGAUGAGAUGUGCCAGGACCAUUGCAGUGGGCAGUGUGAGCUCUGUACAGAGGAGCAGUCGGUGCUCUACAGUGGUCAGAAUUAUUGUGGCUUCAUGGACAGGGAGGACAGUGCCUUCAAUAUCUGCCGCACCACACUGCCCCCACAGGAUUUCAUCCAGAGCUGUGUCCUGGACCUCUGCGCUUCCGGAGGCUCAAUGUUGAUGCUGUGCCAGGUAAACGGCGAGACGGUCAAUUUGCCGGUGAGUUUAGAAUCCGGGAACAUCCGGCUUUUCCAGAGCGGAUCAGCGGCGGUGCUGGAGACGGUGUUUGGUCUCCGAGUCUCCUACGACUGGAGCCAUUACGCAGUGGUGAUGGUUCCCAGUCUGUAUUCGGGUUCUCUGUGCGGACUGUGUGGAAACUUCAACGGAGACGCGGCUGACGAUUUUGUGUCUCCAAACGGCACGGCGCUGCCUACAGCAGCAGCGUUCGGGAACAGCUGGAAAAUCUCCGAUCCCGAGGCUGUGUGCACGGACGAUCCGGACUCUCAGGGCCCAUUGUGCAGUGACAGCUUCCGCCGUCUCUUCAGCUCGGAAAGUUACUGCGGAAUUCUGAGCAACGCCAGCGGGCCAUUCCGCCGAUGCCAUUCGGUGCUGAACCCAAGCACUUCCUGGGAAAACUGCAUCUUUGAUCUGUGCGCCAUGGGAGCGAGCAGUGAUCUGCUGUGUCAGGCAAUUGGAACGUACACAGCAGAGUGUCAGAGACUGGGAGUGACGACCAGAGAUUGGAGAAAUGUAACCGGCUGCGGUGUGCGAUGCCCAGAGAACAGUCAUUUCGAGGUGUGCGGAAACCCAUGUGAUGGGAACUGUGCAGAUGUUUCUGUGGGAUCGUCCUGUGCUCAGGAGUGUGCUGAGGGAUGUUUCUGUGACCGUGGUUACUUGAGAAGUGGGGACAGUUGUGUCCCGUCUGAGCAGUGUGGCUGUAUCCAUGAUGGGGUGUAUUUGAAGAUGGGGGAGAGCAGGCUAACAGCUGACUGCAGCUCCCGAUGCCACUGCCUGGCCAGGAACGAGGUGCGGUGUGUUCCAGCAGGCUGCCGAGCAACAGAGCGAUGCACUCUGAGGAGGGGGGCCAGAGGCUGCCUCACUUUGUUCAAAACCUGCAUGGUGACCGGGGACCCUCACUACAUCAGUUUUGAUGGUGCAGUCACACACUUCCAGGGAACCUGCAACUAUGACGUGGCCAAGGUCUGCAGCCCCUUCUCGGCGAACUGGUUCCGAGUAACGGCCCAGAACCAACACCGGCGGAACAACCUGGUGUCCUUUGUGUCCCGUGUAUAUGUCUAUCUGCCAGGGCUUCACAUCACCAUCCAGAGUGGCCAAGGAGUGCUGGUGAAUGGCACAGCCGUAUCGAUACCCCACAAUAUCCUGGGCUUGGCCAGCAUCUCGCAGUCCGCUGGCUUUAUUGUAGUUGACACGGUCACCAAUGUGGAGGUACAGUACGACGGGAGGAGUACCGUGUUGGUGAAGGUGGGGCCUGAGUAUGCAAACAGACUGUGUGGGAUGUGCGGGAAUUUCAACGGGAACAUGAUGGAUGACAAGGUUCUGCCAAGUGGGCAGACAGCCAGGAGUGACACGGAGUUUGGCAAUUCCUGGAAGACGGAAAACAACGACUUGAGUUGCCAGGACGACAAUCACAACAUUGAGCUGGACUGUCCACGCCGAUUCCAGUUUGAAUCACUGUGCUCAAUCAUCGUCAAUGAGACCGGACCUUUCUCGGAAUGUCACUGGUACCUAGACCCCACCAAUUACUACACAUCGUGUGUGUAUGACCUGUGUGCAUAUGGGACAAGCAAUCUCCUGUUGUGCGAUGCCAUUGCAGGCUAUGAAAGGGCAUGUACCAUACAAGGGGUUUCCAUUCCAUCAUGGCAGGCCAGCCAAAAUUGCCCAUUACAGUCCCCUUGUGAGAGAGAGUCAUGCACAGCCGAAGAGUGGUGUGGAGAGCAGAGAGGGGUUUUUGGAUGCUUCUGUAAUGAUAUCACUGGUAACCUGCCAGAUAGGAACUACGAUUACAGUCUGGUGUGUAAUGGGAACAGCAGUGAGAUUUCACUGUCCCGCUGCCUGUUGUUCAAUGAUGCCUGGCAUACUCACUAUUUCCAUUUGAAUGACCCCAGCUGUAUCGGGCAGGUCACUGAUGGAAGAUUGACCUUUGAUUUCGAUAGCAGCAAACACUCGUGUGGCUCCAUGCUCAGGGUAAACAUCUCACACUUUACUUACUCCAACACCAUCCAAGCAUCAGUCAUUGAGGAUUAUGGGGUUGUGUCGCACAAUCGGACCAUUUCCUUGGACUUCUCCUGUGUGUAUCCUCUAAACAUAAACAUCUCGCUGUUUGUGGCGGACGAAGUCAUACAAAGUGUGGUAAACGUAGAUCUACCAUCGGGCGAAGGAUCUUACAGAGCCAGGAUGAUUAUGUACCAAGACCCAGAAUAUCAGCAGCCCUUUACUCAGACCCCAGUCCGACUCAGUGUGGAUGACCGUGUUUACAUUGGCAUCACUGUCACAGGCAUGGACCUCAACCAGUUUGUGGUGACCCUGGGCACCUGCUGGACCACUCCAGACAGUAACUCCUCAUCACUGACAACCUGGGGCCUUGUGAACAACCAAUGUCCAAACACUUUAAGUGAGGUGGAAGUGGAGGAAAGUGGUGUCUCGUCCAUUUGCCGCUUCUCAUUUGCAGCUUUUAAGUUUGUUGGUGACGUCAAUCAAAUCUACCUACAUUGUCAAAUCAGGCUGUGUAACUUCCAAACCAGUCAGUGUUUACCUAUCUGUUCCGGUCAAAGAAGUGCCCAGGAGAGUAACAGCAAUGGCCAAUCCAGUGUGCUAUCUAUUGGUCCUAUUACUAAUGAAGAUACUAACAGACCUACAAGUGUUGAUGGUGUGUAA